UCUUUUUUAGGUUAUGUUAGCAUCAUUGCCCAACAGAAAGAAACCAGUGGCAAUUAAAAUCCUUAAGAAAGAAAACAUCAAGCUUAAAGAAAGAUAUGAGACUGAAGUGAAGGUGAUGAAGCUGGCUUGGAAAUGUCCUUUCCUGUGCAACAUCCAUGCAGCAUUCCAAACACAGCUGCAUGCCUUCAUUGUGAUGGAAUAUGCAAGUGGAGGAAGCCUACAAGAUCUUCUAAACAACAGAGGCUAUCUGGACAUGGACUCCGUACUGUACUACGCAGCUGAGAUGGUGUGCGGCCUGCAGUUUCUGCACUCUGAAGGAAUCAUCCAUCGGUAAGAACAGUUUUCUAUAUGAUCUUUCUGUAAUAUGUUUAAUAGCUG